CACACCCCCACCUCCUGAACCUCACAACGCCCACCAGACAUCACCGAUCCCCACCGCUACUCCACCGCUACUCCUCCAUCUUGGUCGAGCAGUAUAAUCCACACGCAGUCUUCACACCUAAUUGAUCGCUACAUAUGUGCUUUGGCCGAAAAUCGCGCGGAGGCGACUCGGCAGUCGGGACACGCUCCGUGCCCGGCAACGGAUCUCCACCGCCCUAUUCCGGGCCUCACGAUGCCCCGGUCGCCACACGCGCCUCAAUGCCUCCAGCUAUGGACGACGGCAAAGCGGAUCCCUUCAGCUCCAACCCCACCCCUUUCCAACCCUCAUAUUAUCCGCAGCCCGCAUACAAUCAACAGCCUCAGUACAAUCAACAGCCUCAGUACAAUCAACAGCCUCCGUACAAUCAACAGUCACCCUACAAUUCACAGCCUCCGUACAAUCCACAGCCGGGGUACGGACCACAGCCGCCAUACAACUCACAACCCCCAUACAAUGUACAGCCCUACGGCAAUCCCCAGCAGAUUACCGAAAUCCUCCCGCCGAUCCGCUCGCACCCGCCGGUCGAUGCAUACAGCGCACUGCGGCGCUUCGACACUGUCUUCCUGAUCGACGACUCCGGGUCGAUGCACGGCAAGAACUGGUCGCAGACGGCGUCUGCGCUCGCGUCGAUAGUGCCGAUCUGCACGGAAUACGACUCUGACGGGGUUGACAUCCACUUUCUGAACUCGUCAGCGUCGCAGCAGCACGUGCGCAACGCGGAGGAGGUAUUCAACCUGUUCGCGCGGGUGUCGCCGCACGGCUCCACCCCUACCGGAAAGCGCCUCGGCGCUCUGCUGGCCUCGUACAUGCACGCCUUCCGCAAUAACCCUAACAUCAAGCCCAUGAAUAUCAUCUGCAUCACCGAUGGUGAGCCCACCGAUCCCACGAGCCUCGAGAGGAAUAUCGUCAACGUUGCCCGCGAGCUGGAUCAGAUGCACGCAAAGGAAAGACAGGUCGGCGUCCAGUUCUUUCAGGUCGGCGAUGAUCAUGCCGCCACUCAGGCUCUCGAGGAGCUGGAUAAUUGCUUGGUCGAGGAACACGGGGUUCGGGACAUGGUCGAUACCAUAUCUUGGAAAGAUAUGAAUGGGGGGCUGACGGGCGAGGGAAUAUUGAAAGCGGUUAUGGGCGCGGUGGAUGGGGGAUUAGAUCGGAAACGGAAGCUGCGUUGAGUUUUGCUGCUUGCAGUCUUUCAUUAGUCUGUAUCUGGGUGUAACCCAUGUCGCCGAGAUCUCAUUGGUAGCGCUGUUUGAAAUGGAUUAGAUGAGGGUGAGCGCGGGCCACAAUGUACGGGAAGUGCAUUUUAUCGCGGGAAGUAAGGCACUGGUUCCUGCUGCUAACGACGUCUUAGAAUGUUGUAACGUAGAUUAAUGGUGGAUUGAAUUGUGGCUGUACAUACAAGGGAAAAUUCCGGGCUGAAAUUAGUUACAUACAAGGGUUCGAGGUAUUCUGGAGAAGUUAUUGAAUGAUUUAUUGGAUGGGAAUGUCAAUUGUCGCUGUGCCACUUUCGGCGCCGGCGCGAACAGGUCCAUCGGAAUGAGGAGUGUAAAUUGUAAUAACCUCGAUAUAUGUAUAGAAU